GGAACAUAAACAAACCAGCUUCCGGUCACAGAUUGAAUAUGGCCGCCCCCGGUGCCGGUGCUCCCAGCCGGCUGGUCCAGUACGUGGUGGUCCGCUCGGACCUGGUCCACCAGCUGUCAUGGCCGCUGGGGGCCGUCAUCACCCAGGCCUGCCACGCCGCUACCGCCGCCAUCCACCUGCACUACGGAGACCCGGACACCCGGCGGUACCUGGAGCAGCUGGACGCGAUGCACAAGGUGGUGCUGGGGGCCCCGGAUGAGGCCGCUCUGUCCGGUCUAUCGGACUCCCUGACUCAGGCCGGAAUCUCCCACAAACUCUGGAUCGAGCAGCCGGAAAACAUCCCCACCUGCCUGGCCCUGAAGCCGUACCCGAAAGAGACGGUGCAGCCGCUGAUGAAGAAGUUCAAACUGUUUAAAUAAUGGAAAACGACUGCAAUCUAUAAGUGUCCACUGGGGGGCGCCAAGAUCAAGCUACACAAUGAUUCCAUGUUUACAUAAAUAAAUCCUUGAAUGCAGAAA